AUGAUUGAAGUGGUAAAAUGCUUGAUAGAUUAUGGGGCAGAGGUCGACGAAAAAAAUUUGGACGGAAAAACCCCGUUAUUUGUGGCGUCAUCGAAAGGAUACAGCAAUGUAGUCAAAGAAUUAAUUGAAAACGGAGCUAAUGUGAAUGAAGCCAAUAAAGUUAAGCAAACACCACUACAUAUAGCGUCAUCAGAGGAUUCUGUCGACGUAGUAGAAUAUUUGGUGACAAAAAGUGCUAAUGUCUCAGCAGAAGAUAUCUGGAAAAAAACACCACUUCAUAACGCGUCUUCAAAAGGAAACAUUGAUGUUGUUAAAUGCCUGAUAGAAAAUAAAGCCAGUCUCGAAGCACUGGAUCUUGACGAAAAAACACCAUUACAUGUUGCAUCGUCUCGAUGCCAUCUUGAGGUUGUAAAAUAUCUAUUAAAAAAAGGUGCAGACGCCAACAAAAUGGAUAAAGAAAAAAAAACUGCUCUGGAUUAUGCAAAACAGGGACAGGAUCCAGAAAUUGAGAGACUUUUGAUAGGCAAACGAGAGAUUCCGUAUGACGAACUUUUAAAUAUGACUCCAUUUGAUGAAACCGGCGAUUACUAUACCAGUAAUUAUAAAAAUCAAAAAUUUCUUGUGAAAAAAGUUCAUAGUAAAGAAGAGACAGAGGUUCUUCAUUUGUUGGAACUCAGUCAUCCAAAUUUAAUAAAAUUUCUCAUCUUCAUAAACAUAAAUAAUGAAGUAAAAAUGUGUGGUUAUGGCAUGCUUCGCACAAAUGUUAAUGGUACCUAUACGGCUCCAGAAGUGAUAAGUCAGAAAAGUCGUUUUACUAAGAAGGUACUUUGA